CGAGCGACGAGCCAUACUCGAUGUCAAUGAAUCUAUCGCUCACGUACUGUACUAGGCGUUCGAGGGUGCGUACUUGACCAAUCUACGGGGCCGAAUCCUGUGGUUCGUCACGGACAAGCUGCGACCGCGAGGGACGGACGCGAUCAUAUUAGGCGCAAGAAAACGAGGCGAAGCCAAGGGCGACGACCUCCUAUCACCGCAGAAGGCCAGGUUGAUCGGCGCGCGGCUUGGCAUGCCGCAGCUUGGGUGACGGCUGUCGUUGCGUCGAAGCCACUCUUUCCUGGCCUGCGACAACUCUGCCGAUUCGAUCGCUUGAAGGCGGUAGGUUCCGCAUUCCCAGAGGGUGAUGAAUACUCCGUGUGUGGGUCGCCGGCGGCAAAUUUUGCUCGGACCCUUCGUGGCGACUGGCGGCUGACGGCGUCGCGGCUUGGCGCCUCGACCGCUACGCCACAACUAGGAUCGAUAAAUGUGGCGUUUUAAUCGCGGUAUUUGUGGCAGCGGAUAAAACCUUCGAGGGUGCAUAUAUAACCCAUAUCAAGUCUUGCAGUGAAAUGAGUCGGACGGCGGCGAUCCAAGCGGCCUUUGCGCCAGCCCACGCCGAGAAACUCAAUGCGUUCCUUCGCCAGGCGCGCCAGGCGGUCGCGACCGCCGCUUCCGUGCAGGUCGUCAUGGGCAACGAGGCCUGCGACGCCGACUCGAUGGUGAGCAGCUUGGUGUAUGCGUUCGCGGUCUCAGCCGUGCCCGUCAUGAGCGUCGACCGCGACCAGUUUGCGCUGCGCUGCGAAGUGAGCGCGCUCUUCUGCGCCGCCCACAUUGACGUAGACGCGCUCCUCUUCCAAGACGAGAUCGACCUCGCCAGCCUCCAUGCGGCGCAGAAGCUGCGGCUCGUCUUGACGGACCACAACAAGCUCAAGGCCGCGCUCGCGUCGCUGGAUGCGUCCGUGGUGGCGAUCAUGGACCAUCACGAUGACCUCGGUGCGCAUGGACAUGUGACAGGCUCGUCGCGUGACAUUGCAUUCGAGCGCACGGACGCGGGCGGCCGCGCGUUGGUCGGGUCCGCCUGCACGCUUGUCGCCGAGCGCAGUGUAUCCCUGCAGCCGCUCGAAGUGACGCUGCUUCUGGGCGUCAUCGCUCUCGACACGAUGAACAUGGACGCGGCCGCCAAGAAGGGCACGGCGCGGGACCAAGCCGUCUUGGACAAACUUGAUGCGCUCUCGCUCGUGCCCCGACACGACUUGUAUGCGUGGCUCGUCGAAGAGAAGUUUAGCCCGGACAACUGGUCGCGCUUUACGUUUGCCAACUGCCUUGCGUACGACUACAAGCGAUUCGAAUCGUCGGGCGUCUCGUAUGGCUCGAGUGCCAUCUUGGUGCCGCUGCCGACGUUUUGGGCCAAGGGAGAGAGCCCGCUGGCGCAGCUGGAAGCCCACCGGUCGCGCCUCGGCCUCACAUUUGCCCUCGUGCAGUCGAUGGUGCAUGCGGCGGACGGGCCAAAGCGCCAGCUGCUCUUGUACUGCCCUGACCGCCGCCUGCGAGACGACCUCGUCGCCUUUCUGAACCGUGCGCCGUUGCAGCUCACACCGCUCGAUGCGCUCGGCGAGGCCGCCGUCGACGCCUUUGACCAAGCCAACAUUGCCAUGUCUCGAAAGCAGCUUGUGCCGCUGCUGGAUGGUUACUUGGCGACCUUGGCCAAGAUGUAAUAAUACCGGAAAUCGGUGUUUUGUCUUAGGUGUAGCUUCAAAGCGUUGAGAAUUAGUAGUAUGAAAAACCCGCUAUUUGCCCG